AUGGAUUGCCCAACAAGAUGGAAUUCAACAUUUCGUAUGUUGGCAACUGCUUUGAAAUUCAAGACUGCAUUUGAUCCUUACAAGGAAAGAGAGCCCUAUUAUGAUUAUACACCUUCAGCUGAAGAUUGGAGCAAAGUUGAGAAGGUUUGCAAACUUCUAGAAGUGUUUGAUCUAGCUACUCAUGUUAUAUCAGGUAGUGAGUAUCCGACUUCAAAUUUAUACCUUGCGGAAGUUUGGAGAGUUAAACAAGUAAUUGAUAAUGCAUCUGAGGAUGAAGAUCUCUUCAUGAGAGAAAUGGCAGCUCCAAUGAAAGAAAAAUUUGACAAAUAUUGGGGUGAGUGUAAUUUACUUAUGGCAAUUGCUAGUGUUUUAGAUCCUAGGUGCAAAUUUCAUAUUGUUGAUAUUUGUUUUCCCAUGAUAUACAAACCUGCGAAAGUUGCCAUAGAGAUAGAGAAGGUAAGAAGUUCAUUGGAAAAUUUAUAUGAUGAAUAUGUGUCUUUGAGUAUUCAAGAGUCAUCCUCUGCGACGGAGAAUGCAAAUGGUGGUGGUAACAAUCCAACAUCCUCAUCUGAACCUAGAUCUUCAUUCACUGGAUUUGACCAAAUUAUGAAUCUUGUGCGUGAAAAGGAAGCGGUUCCUCCAAUGAAAUCAGAACUGCAAGCUUAUUAUGAUGAAGGUGUCUAUGUUCCAGAUGAUGAUGGUAACUCAUUCAACGCAUUGGACUGGUGGAGGAAUAAUAGCUUUAAAUAUAAGGUCUUGUCGAAGAUGGCUGCAGAUAUAUUAGCUAUACCCAUCUCUACUGUGGCAUCGGAGUCUACAUUUAGUGCAGGAGGGCGAGUUAUUGAUGAGUAUCGUUCUAAAUUGAACGAUGAAUCUAUUGAAGCACUCAUUUGUGGUGGGGAUUGGCUGCGUCAUAAGUACAAUUUGAUGAAGAAGGCAAAGGUGGAUGAAAGACAUGCGGUGAUCAACUUGAAGAUCUGAUGCAAUGAUGUCAUUCUUGAAAAUGAGGCUGGUUAUGAAGGAAACAAGUAGAUCAAUAUGAAGAUGUGAUGUUAUUUUAUUGAGAUUGUUUUGAUGUUAUUUGUGUUGUCAACUAUAUUAAGUAUUGUGUCUGUUUGUGAGUUGUGACUCUAUUAUUGUUUUAGUUUCCUUUUGGACUUCUUUAGUUAUGAUUCUGUUGUCAUGCUCGUGUUGGUGCAGCAGGUGGUUAUUUUCUUAUUCUGGUUUUGGAACCUU